UCUGUUACUGAGAGCUUUUCUGCAUCGGCGACGACUGCGGGAGUUUGGAGCGCAACAGGAUUCCCUACACCAGACACGCUUCAUGACUACCUGCGCAAGAACGUUGAUGUGCCAAGCGGGAGCGAAACAAUGGCGGGCGACAUUGAGGGCUCAGGUAUUGAAAUUUUGAAACCGUACCGGGCGACACCGGUGUCACUGAUUCGGGCCAACCACAUCCCCGAGCAUGACGGUGACGUUGUCGAGAGCGAUGUCGUACAGCUGAAAAGAGAGAUGCGACGAAGAGAAGCUGAAGCAAUCGACGUAGACAUCACCUCACCGGAGCUGACCAUCAUCGAUAAAGACAUAGCCGCCGAACUACCGGAGGCCCUCCAUUCCCAAUCGUCGGGAGCGCCUUCGUCAGCUGUUUGUGUGCCGUUGGUUGGCUUCUGGCUUCUCGCUGGACUCAUAGUGCUCUGUUGCUCCAUAAUUGCUGCUUCUCUGUGUUAUGCCCAAAAGCAACGCGACAAGUUCCAUAUUAUGCCAUAG